CCGGAAGACUUUCCACUCUCGGUGACGCGAAUGAAACGACGUACCUGGCUGUGGACAGUUUCGUGUUGUUCUUGAAGGCAUCACAGUUGGAGUGUUUUCGAUGGAGCAUAGGUUUGAAAAACAUAAAUUGUUUGGCAGGUUUUUAUUUUCUUAAACAUUUUAGUAUUUUUAUUUCUUCUGUUUGGGGAGGUUUUUUCAGCACCUGCGACUCACCUGCUGUCGACAACAGCCGCCCAGAAUAGACAAUAGAACCAUAGACUCUUUGGAAUUUGCCAGGAGAAUACUAGAUUUGGCACCGGGGAACCCAGCGUUUUGAAAAGGGGAUAAGAAAGAGAACAAAGUACACUUUCUGCUGUUUGUUCGUGCAAGGUCUCCGACAUGGACCCUCUGGAUUCUGGAAUGCGGUACAGCCCGAGAGCCCCGGACCCCGAAUGGGACACUUCCAUCCAGUUCCUGCCUGCCUCCAACUCCAAGAAGCUGGAGAAGAAGAGGGUGGGGAAAGUUGGCAUUGCCAUCAUCGUGGUGAUCGUAGCUGCUGUCAUCGCGCUCAUCAUAGGACUAGUGGUCUGGCAUUUCCAAUAUCGCAGGGCCCAGAAGGUCCAGAAGAUAUACAGCGGCUCCAUGAGGAUCACUAACCAGAUGUUCCAGGAGGACUAUGAGAACCCCAACAGCACAGCCUUCAGAAACCUGGCGUUCCAGGUGGAGAAGCAGCUGAAGAGCAUCUAUUCCAAAACAGCACCACUGUCCAAAUAUUACAAGGGGUCCACAGUGCAAGCCUUGAGUGAAGGUGGCGACGCAAAUGAACACUCGGUGACCGCCUAUUACCUGUCAGAGUUCAACGUGCCGAAUGAGCAGGCGGAGGCCGUGGACAAGGCCAUGACGUCCCGCUUCCAGGUGUCCGAAUCUCGGGGGGGGCGCAUGGGUCGCAGACCUGUGAACACCCUGCAAUUCGAGGACAUUGUGUCAGGAGCUGUGGAUGCCCGCAUGGUCAGGACCACCUUGAAAAACCGGCAGAGGUACUCCUACCACACCCACAAAGACCGGACGGACAUCCUGGAGUCGCCUGGCUUCCCGGACAACCCGUACCCCCCAAACCUCUAUGUCGAGUGGGAGCUGCGGGCGGACGUGGGCAACAGGAUCAAGCUGGAGUUCGUCAACUUCAACCUGGAGAACGACUGCGGGAAGGACUUCAUGAAGGUGUACGACUCGCUGGUCGCCAUCGAGCAGCGCGUCAUGGCAGAGAAGUGUGGCUACUAUGCUCCCAACGAGCCACUGACCUUCAUCUCCUCCGGGAACGUCAUGCUGGUCACGCUGGUCACCAACGAGGAGAAGAACUUCCCUGGCUUCAGGGCCCAGUUCAGCCAGGUCCCUCGGGAGAAUAUAGUGUGUGGCGGUAAGCUAACGGGACUCAAGGGAACCUUCACAUCACCCAACUAUCCUUCCUACUACCCUCCCCUCAUGAAGUGUUCCUGGGACAUCAAGGUCCCAGAGGGGAAGUAUGUCAAGGUACAGUUCAACAAGUUCUUAAUGACGGAGCCAGGACAGGGCAACAAGCAAUGUCUCAAGGACUCCCUGGAGAUCAACAAAACCAAGCUGUGUGGAUCAAAGCUCCAAAACACUGUGAUCCCUAGCACUAGCAACACCAUGAUACUGAUGUUCAUCUCUGACCAGUCUUAUGUGGACCGGGGCUUCAGUGCCACAUACGAGGCCUUUGACCCCUCAGACCCCUGUCCAGCCAAGUUUAAGUGUGCCAACAACAUCUGCAUUAACCUCAGCCUGAAGUGUGACGGCUGGAAUGACUGUGGAGACAACAGUGAUGAGAAGAACUGCCAGUGUGAGGAUUCUCAGAUCACCUGUAAGAACUCUCUAUGCAAGCCCAAGUUCUGGCAGUGUGACGGUGUCAAUGACUGCGGAGACAACACGGAUGAAGAUAACUGUGGGGGCUGUAAAUCUGACGAGUUCACCUGCCGGAACGAGCGCUGCAUCUCGGCGAAGAAGGCCUGCGAUGGCACUGACGACUGCGGCGAUGGCACCGACGAACUGGGCUGCACAAGAAACUCAGUCCUCCCGUGCACAGAGUACACCUACAAGUGCAAGGACAACAAGUGCAUCAGCAAGCAGAACCCGAUGUGCGACGGCGCGAAGGACUGUGAAGACGGCUCGGACGAGGCUAACUGCGAGUGUGGCACGCUGGAAUUUGUGCCCCGCAAGUCUCGCAUUGUGGGCGGGGACGCCGCCCUGGAGGGGGAGUGGCCAUGGCAGGUCAGCCUCCACGUCAAGGGAAUGGGUCACGUGUGCGGUGCCUCCGUCAUCAACAACCGCUGGCUCGUCACCGCUGCUCACUGCGUGCAGGACAACGACAAGGUCAAGUAUUCUCAGCCACAAACCUGGGAGGCCUACCUGGGACUGCACGUUCAGCAGAAGCCCAGCCAGAAUACGCUCCAGAGGAACCUGAAGCAGAUCAUCCCCCACCCGUACUACAACACCUACACCUUCGACAACGACAUCGCCCUAAUGGAGCUGGACACCCCUGUGCCCCUCAGCCAGUACAUCUGGCCAAUCUGCCUGCCCCCUUCCACCUACGACUUCCCUGCAGGAGAGUCCGUUUGGAUCACAGGCUGGGGUGCCACCCGAGAGGGCGGCUCUGGUGCGACCGUGCUUCAGAAGGCCGAGGUUCGCAUCAUUAACAGCACGGUGUGUAACCAGCUGAUGGGCGGGCAGAUCACCUCACGCAUGCUGUGCGCUGGCGUGCUGAAAGGGGGCGUGGACGCUUGCCAGGGGGACUCCGGGGGGCCGCUGUCUUAUAAGGACUCUAACAACCGGCAGUACCUGGCUGGGGUGGUGAGCUGGGGGGACGGCUGCGCCCGCAGGAACAAGCCCGGCAUCUACACGCGGGUCACCGAAUUCCGCGCCUGGAUCAAGGAGAAGACAGGGGUUUAGGAGGGGGAGGAGGGUCUGAGAGUGGGGCUCACAAAGGGGGUGGGGGGGAGCGCUGAUCGGGAUGGAGGCUGCAAAGGGAACUGUUUCUGAAGAGCACUCCACAUUGGGACCCCCAGUGGCCGGAGGCUGAUGGACCUACAGGUGUUCAACUGUCGCACCCACUUUGGGCAUCACUCAAAUAAUGCGGCUGAUGCACGUUAAGCCCACACAGAGCACUGCUCCAAUGGCCUCAUUCUGAGAAGAGUGCAAUGGGAGAUCACUGUUGCCACCCCCCCCCCCCCAUCAUUCCUCCAAACAUUAAGCCAGCCACACCCAAUACCCACCGUCUGGACCACAGACUCUCUGAAAACUUUUUUUUUUUUUUUUACUAUUUUAAUACUUCUCUUUAUGUACUUAUUUGGGGGGCAGAGCAGCUAUUGUUAUACGUUUUUAAAGUUUGUAAAUACAUAUACAGUCUUUUCUUGAGUGCUGUAAUGAAUGUUGUAAAUAAGAUAGCAGUUGGGUGAUACAGCUGUAUUUAACUCUGGGAGUAUUUCUGCAGUGUUUGGCUGGUCACACUGGGAUGUCGCAGCCUCUGCAAUUGCAAGGUGUACUACUGAUGCAGCAACCGUCCUUAUACCAACGCACAGCUACUUAGUAAUCUUGGGCUGCAUUCAGACGGUGCACCAGGAAACCUUUAAAAGAGUGGUGGGAGGUCUAGCUCAGAUUUUGAACAUGCAAGGUAUCCACUCAGAACUGCACCUUCCAUCAGACAAAAUGAGCAAAAUGUUUGCAGCACUCUGACCAUUGAAUAAACCCCCAAGUCUUAGAGAGAAUCCCACCCAGCCAUGCUCUUUGUUUGCUUUAUGUCUUCUUUUUAUGUAGUCAGUGAAUAUGGUGAGUCAGUGAAUAUAACGAUUUUGCUGCUCUGAGCACUUGGUUGGGAUUGGGGUCGGGAGGGUCAAAUAACUGCCUCUUAAAAUGUGACCACUUUGGCUUUGGACUACUUAGGGUUACUUUUAAUGUUGUUUUCAUAUGUAAUAUUCAUAUGUUUUUAUGAUUGCUUUUGAAUAUUUUAAGAAAAGUGAUGUCAGUGAUGUGUUGUAUUUGUUUUGCACCAGCACACUGUGGUUUAGCAGUUACCACAAUUCCUUGUACAGGGUAUGCGGAUAAAGGGAGAGAAUGUUGAAUGUAACAGGUGCCGAGACUUCAAACUCAGGCAGUUGCAGCUUGCUUUCUGUCUCAGGUGUGUCAGACUCCACUCCUGCAGGGGCAUGUGUGAGCAUAUCUUUAUUUUUGCUGCAACUUUUGUUCAUUAUUAUUUAAUUAAUCUAAUUGUCUCUAUGAUUUUUCCAUGUUUGUAAAGGAGAAAUUAAAAUAUGAGAGAAGAUUGUACUUGCCCCAUGUCUAUGUUUUACUGCUGAGCCUUCUGAGAGGUGCAUGGGUAUUAAUGUAUUUGGCUUGUUAUCUUACUGGACAUGUUAAGCUUAGCAAAGGUGCUUCUGCAGAGCAAUGUACAGUUGUUACUCUUUUUUACAUAUACUGUAUAUACUUGGAUAUUUACCAGAUAUGGGUUAAGUACCUUGCCCAAGGGUACAACAGUGGUGUCCCCCCAGGGAAUCAAACCUGCAAACUGAAAAUUUCAGGUUACAAACCCUUUUUGUUACUGCUGUAGUACACUGCUGCCACAUUCCCUGCAGCAAUAGAUCUUGACACUCCUGCUCUACAUUGAUCUGUACCACUCAAUGGGUUGGGUCUGUUCAUCUCAGAAUCCUUAGAUAUGAGUUGCCAGAGUGUUCAGAGAGCUUAUGUGUGCAUGUGCAUGCACAGUGCAUGUUCCCCCAAGCAAUGAUAGCAGAAAGCUGGAUUUCUGUGUAAGUGCAGUAUUUGAAGGUCUGAUGAUGCAGGAAGUCAAUGCAAGUGUCUUUUUAUACUGUCUGUUAUUGCCAUGACUGCCUUCAUUGUUGAAUGACCUCCAGAGCUGUGCUGACACAAACUGGUUCAUCUCUGGUAUUGAGACAGAACCGGUUGAAUCAGGAAACUCUUAUGUGUGAUGACAAUUUCAAGUGUUUUUAAUGUUUAUGAAUCCCAAAUGAAUUGAUGUAUUACUCGUGUUUUACAUUUUACUUUAAAAAAACCUUACUCCACAUUCAGUACUCCAUA